GCCCGCCAGUGCUUACCGAGAUUCCGUUCAACGUUGACGUGGUUUUUGUGUUCGAUUUGUCGUCGUCGUCGGUUGUCGCGCGUGACCAAUCCAUCCAUCCGUCGUCGUGCCGGAAUCAAUCAACUCCACUUCAACACUUCCAGCUGGGUUGGGUAUUGGAGUCAGGUACCUGCUUAACAGGGAGUCGUCGGAUAUCCACGCGUCCAAAAGAAGCGCAUCAUCCCUCACACGCGCGCUGCUUAUUCGAGAGCGAGCAAGUUUUGAUGCGUUUAGCGCUGUCGGUAGUGAGAGAGAGUAAGGAAGGAAAAGGGUGCCGAGAGAAAAGACGAACACGCCGCGAUACGCGCAGAGAGAGAGCUAUAGAGGUGAAAUAAUAUUAAUUUCGAAAUAAAUUAUAAAAGCGAUCCGCGGAGGACGGACCGCUUCCAGACGGAGAGUGAGUGCGCAGUGCAAGGUCCUACUUCCUCCCGAAGAUCUUCAUCUACGACGCCGCCGCCGCGAUCAACGCCCAGUAGUUGAGGCGAGGAUCAUCCGGGAAUCUAUCUUCGACGCGUAUAAAAACGAGACCAGUUCGGUCGCGGCCUUAACGGAGAUCAGUCGGCUAUCGUCCAGUGUUGAGAAAAGUCGCUCGGCAUUGCUCUAAUGAGUUUGAAGCGAGUACAUCCGCAUCCGUGUGAAGUCAAGUGAAAUUGUGGUGAAGUGAGAGAAAUUUCAAAGUCGCGCACUGGUGAUUGAUAACUUCUUCGCAUUGGAUCAGUAGUAGUAGUUCAAGAAGGUGUCGUUCGUCACUUUGGCGAUUAACGAAUUGUGCAGCAGUCGCAGUAUAAAGCACGGAGGCAGAAAAUGGUUCAAAUCGAGUUUGGCCAGCAAGUAAUGGCACCGUACCGCGCCGAGUCCGCUAGUAACUAGUUAUUGUUGAAAGUGCGGCGUGCCUCCUCCUCGGAAUAUAAGCGAAAAUCGCGAAACACAAACGUGUGAGCUCAAACGCGAAAUAUAUAAAAACCGUUCAAGUUGAUGCAUAAUUUUAAAGCCACGAGCUUCUGCGCGAGGGGCAAUAAAAGAGAAAUAGUUGGAUAAGUGAGUGAUUUUACUGUAUAUUUUCUUUCGCUGCAUUUGCUACAUUGGAGUUGAGCGUUUUAUUUUAUUUCAUCCGCUCUCUUUCUGACACCUUUGACAAAUUUUGCAAACCACGGGUGUCAUCAAUUACCUUCAAUUAAAAUCAUAUACUCUCUCAUAUGCUUGAUUCUCUCCUCCCAAAGAGAGAUUACGAAAAUUGAAUUUAUUAAAUAACAUUACAUCAAACUCUGACAAAAGAGAAAAAUCGCAAAAAAUAACCGCAAACACAGAAACAAAACAAAGAAGAGCAACACAGAGAGAAGAAAUUGCAACAAAACAGCAAAAAAAAACAACAACACAAACAGAAACGAGAAGAAAACGUGUGAACUAGUUGGAAAAACGCAGAAAACUCGGUAACCAGUGAGUUUGUGUGAGUGCCAUUUGUUGGAAAACAACGAAAAAAAAAAGAAACAGCACGAGACAUCCAAGGAUCACGAAAACAACAAAAAGAGAUUCCUGUCGGCCAAUUCGGAACAAGUCAGAAUUUCAACGUGCCAACGACGACAGACUGCUGAGCACAGCAGCAAGAGCAGUAGCAGCGAGAUGCGGAACUUGGACAAGCUGUGGUGGUGGCGGCCAAAUCCGACCCCACUGAACCGAAUAGUAGCCAACUCAAAUCCAAAUCGCCCGAAAUGCAACCAGUGCUGCCCACUACCGAUGACGACAUAUGCCGCCCUGCUGCUUGCCGGAUUAGUGCUCCUCUGCUCGUCGCUGUCAGUCGUACAAACAGGACCAGUGACCAGGUCACGGCGGAUGUUACGCGAGAUCCACGGUGAGAUCACCGAUACGAACGUUCAGAAUGUUACCAACUUUAUCGCUGACACAUGUCUCUACGAUGGAUCACAGGUGUCUCGGACGAGCAUCACAUGUGAGAAGAAGCACGGUUGUAGGGCGAUUCAGAAAACGGGCGAGUGCUGUCCCGAUUAUCAGUGUGAAUGUCAAAGAGAUGGAAAAGUUUACUCCAAUGGAGAGAAGGUGUUCGAUCCUGAAACCCCCUGCCGUGUUUGCUAUUGUCAAGGAGGUGAAAUUUCUUGCAGUCAGGUAUCAUGCUACAAGCGACACGAUUGUGAACCCAAGUUCAUUCCUGGCCGAUGCUGCCCAGAGUAUGAUAAUUGUCCUCCUCUAGAAAACUCCAACAUCGCAGAGCCCACCUCGCCCAGUGGCGAGUCCAGCGAACUCAAAGAAACCGAAAUCGACGCAGAAGAUCUGCUGGACGCAGAGAACAAGAAACUGUCUUCGAUAACAUCCAACGAUGUCACUACAGCUGGCACAACUACGACCAGCACAACGACCACCACUACCGCCACCACGGAAGGUUCAACACCGGCCAAGCUACAAAUCCCAGCCGCCAGUAACAACCCCCUGGGUAUCAAAAUCAAGGAAAUCACCAAGCCGGAAGAGAUUCGACUGACCGAUUCCCGGCCGAAGAUCACCACAACGACGAACAGCGUCAACAGCAUCGAAGUGACAGCUCAUCCGUCGACGGAAUCGUCAUCUUCCACGGCUGGACAAAGCGAGGAAGCCAACAAUUUGGAACACUUGGACCUGAAUGUGACCGAUGACGGCGAUGUCGGCAUGAAGAACGUUCGACACACGGAGGAAGAGUUGAUGGCUAAUGGAACGCUGGAAGCCACGGACUCGAACGAGAGUUCCACGGCUGGUCCGUCAGAGUCAUCGUCGGCGUCGUCGAGCGAAGUGGAAUCGUCUUCGGAGUCAAGUAGUUCGACUACAGCUAGGAUGACAGUUCCGCCGACGAUGUCAACUACCACGGUCAUGCCUGAAGAUGUUUCGGACGAGGUAACCAAGAAGGAUAAGCCGCUGCCGGCCGUGGUACAGAUCGGAGAUAAACUGGUGAUUGUGGACCACAACCAACCGAAGCCGAUUACGGUGAUUCAGGUCGAAGAAGUUGCUGGGCUGCAGCGAGGAGAUGACGACAUUUCAUACGAUCAGGAGAUGUAUACAGAUCGUGCACCGGAAACUCCGAAGCAAAUGAAGCUGGACAGUUCAGAAGGAGAGAUGCUGUCGACCCAGGCAGAUUCGAGCGUUGCGUUCGAGACGGUUUAUCAUGGCGCAUCGUCGGAGAUCGAUACGGUCUACCAUGGGGCGUCGGCGGAGAUUGAUACGGUUUAUCACGGAGGAUCGACGGAAAAUCUGGCAUCGGAAGAGGUUUUUGAGACACAGCAUUAUACAGAAGGACCAGAAAGUAGUGCAGAAAGGAAUGAGACUCAAGGCGAUCAACUGUCGGCGAGCAGUGAGGAGUUUAUACAGUUGACGGCAUCGUCGGACAAGCCGGUAAAACUACAAGAAGAAGAGCACACGACGAUGAAUUCGUUGUCUACGAGUGUGGAAGAAGGAAGUACAACACUAGCGGAUCUGCCAAUCAGUGUAUCAAACUCAGAGGCAUCCGGUGAUGAAGUAUUCGAAACGCAUUUCUACACGGAAGGCCCGGGAAGUUCCUCGGAAACGACUGAAGUUGCUGUAAAUGCGCUUGGUGAUGGUUCGGAAGCGGUGACACCCAUGAAGGAACUUCCAACAGACGAUAUGGCGACCCAGAGCAAGCCAUAUAUUGAAGACGAUGAGCAUGAUUUAAUUCAACCCGGCUUCCAACCCAUUCCAGAAGACUUCAGCUUGCCACUCAGAGAUCAACCUGCGAUGGAUGAUGAUAUGGAACCUUCUGCAGCACCGGCUAAGAGUGAGCGCAAAGAACACGUUGGAACACCCAAGAUUUUAUCAGAAGUGCUAGAAUUCAAACAUAAUGGGAGUAGUACAACGGAAAGUUCCAGCGAAGCCGAAUCUGAAUCUACCAUUUCACCAUCAUGGCUGAAGGACGAAUCGAAGCCAAUGCUGCGAGCGCCGGGAGAGCCUCACUUGGUACCAGAAUGGGAGCGAAACAACGUUACAGUUAGCAAUUCGUCUUCAGAAGAAGAAUUUAGUGGAGCAGGAGAGUUUCACGUACUGAAAAUGAACUCCGAAGAGUACAUGGAUAGCUCUUCCGAGGGAAGUGGAGCGAGUUCGACAAGAAAGGAACCUGAGGAAACUACUCUGGCGCCUUCGAAGAGUAUGCUGCAGGAUAUUGACUCCUCGGAAAGUGGGUCCGUUUCGGAGUCGGACAGUGUGAAACAUAACCCCAAAAACGAUGUCGAAAGUGUCAAGUAUGACGAGGAUGAAAACAGCACAGUUCAAGAGGCACUUCCCAAGCAAGUGAAAUCUAGUGUCUGAGUUUAGGAUUGCGUUUAUAAUGGUAAUAGAAUUCAAUCAAAUUCAACAAAAAAUUAGCUAAUCGAAUUUACUGAAUCAAGUAUUUAGCAGAUAUACAGCGAUUAAAACAGGUGUUCUCGUCUUUCCGGAAGUAUUCAUUUCGGAAAGGACCGAGAGCUAGGUGCCAGUUGAUCAGAAGAUGCUGUUCUUCGACUCUUUCUCCUUGACUACCCGAAUAAGGAUUAUUUAUUAUUCCUCCUGUUUCCAACCCUCCCGGGAACUCAAAAUCUGCGGUCGAAGUGAGAGAUGGUUCUAAAACAAUACGCUUUGGACGGUUCAUUUUAGUGCCAUUAACCACCAACACACACAAAAAUCAGGAAAAGACACGCACACAGAUCAAGCCUUUAUGAAGCGCGUACAAAAUUACAGAAUCUUGAAUCUUUUGCUCAAGUAGUGCAAUCAUUUAUUAAGUUUGGGUUUGAACGUGUAAGCCACGAAAUUCUACUCAGUGAAUUCAGUUCUCGAAAAGAAAUAUAUAGGCUGAUCACUUUAAUUUCGUAACAUGCCAGGAGACUUGGCAUCUUGAUAAAGCGACGAACCCUUGGAAGAAGAAAUUGUACAAAACACGAAACAGGAACAUAUCCAUGGCAAAUAGAAGAAACUCGAUAAUGUCGGAAUAUAUUUGUAUGCGACGUUUUCUCCUACAUUCCUCCAGAUAUCUAACUUUAGUUACUCGUAAAAUGGCUCAAAUAAUGAUCGGAACGAACUAAUAGUCGUUGUACUAAGUUAUUUAUUACGUAAUGGUAGCAAAUUUUAGGCAAAAUGAAAAAUCAGAUUUGGACCAACACCCUUACAGAAAGUAAACGAAAAACUACAACUCAAAAUUCACAGACAUCGGUCGUCAAAACACUCAGCAGAGAAGCAUGUGAUAGUUCUUACGUUACGUUGAAAAUAAUUUAAAUCCCACUUCAAUCGAGAAGGAUUUUGAAACCCCUAAUUGAACGACAUUUAUUUCUUAUACAAGAAGAUCUAAUCCUCGGCCGUCGGUAACCUAAGAGAGGCCGAUCAAGAAAUCUUAGCUUAAGUUUAAGACUGUUACUAGCAAUAGUUGAUGAUUAUUCGCAAUUACAGAACGAAUUGAGGGAACAUGAUGAUUAUUUAUUGAUUAUUUAUAGUCGUUGAUGACCCACCGGAGGUCGUCCAGUUGAUUUCGAGUUUGCAUUCAUUUCAACUGUCGGAAAUAUAACUAAAAGGCGUAGUUAGUCGCGGGCGAGUAUAAAAAAAAACUCGUCGCCCCUAGCAAAUAGUAGGCAUUUUCUCAAUUAUUAUCAUUUUUUACUAAUAUAACUAUUAGCAAUUAUCAUCAGAACCUAUUAUCAUUUCAUCUAUAGAACCUUAAGUACUCCAUACAAUACCCCUCAAAUCCCCGAGUAGAGCUAGUAAGUAGGAAACGUUAGGAAAUUGAUUACAAUUCUAACUGAUGAAAGAGUCAUACUUUUAGUUUGUGUAAACUUUAUCAGUUAAAGAAGAGGAAGCCGCCUUUCUUUUUCUUUCGGUAGAUCUCUUGUCCGUGGCAGCCUAUUGGAACCAUUCAGUAGGUGCCACCUUUGAGACGGAAGAAUUGCAUGAAUCGGUGGCAAGCAAUUAUUAGCCGUUACUAGGCGAAGAAGUCGAUCGAUUAAGGAAUGUAAAAUAAAAUAAAUAAAAUGGAAAAACUUUCUAAAA